AUGGCGCCUCUCACGGCUUUAUCUUCGCAUGAGCGGAAUCGAGUUGAGGAUUACUUAAAUGACAAAAUACAGGUCUCCGCCGAUCUUGAGAGUUUGGAUUCGCUAUUAUCAAGCCUCCGCGCGCAACAGGAGCUUCAGCGGAAACAGCUAGCAGAAGCCCAUGAAGCACUAUCCAGUGCGACAAAAGUCUCCGAUGACCAUGCCGAAACCACUCGCAAGCAAGCCGAGGCAUUUACCAAUGAACAAGCGGACAUCGAUCGACGACUAAAGGCUAUCACACAAUCUGAAACUAGCGAUGAGGCAGUUCGGAGUCUCGAGAAGAGCAUGGAGAGUCUACAACGACUUGAGGUCUCUAAGGGAUACGUGGAAUUACUCAAAGAAGCCGAAGAAUUAAGCAACCAAGCUUUGAAGAGCCUUGCCUCCGAUCCACGCGCUGCUCUACAGCCAUAUUCUCGAUUGCGGGCCAUUGUUGGACUGCUGAAAGAUGCCCAACCUGCUGCUGAGGGAGCAGCCCCUCAUCUGGUCGACUACACGGAUAAGCUGGCGUUCGCACUGAGACAGCAGAUGAAGGAAUAUUUCGGUAAUAACUUGAAAAAGACGUUGGAGGAGCUGAAAUGGCCGGCCAGGGAGUUUGACAUCACCGAUGAGCUCUUGGCUCGCUGGAGACAAGACGUUGAGCUUUUGAUUGACCUUCAAGCACCGGAACUUCAAAGCCGUGAUGCAGUGGUAUCGGGUGUGGCUCUCGAGCCACCGGUCUUGUUCCCAUUGGAGGUCAUGGUGCAUCCUCUGGAUCUCCGAUUCAAGUAUCACUUCAGUGGAGACAAACCGACGAACAGACUUGACAAGCCGGAAUAUUUCCUCUCACACGUCAUGGACCUGAUCAAUCAAUUUGGCGGGUUCUUUGUGACCUAUUUGCAGCCUAUCCUUGACGAAAAAGCUCAAACUCUUGGUUCGAGUCUGGAAUGGAACUUCUAUAAUGCGUCACACAGUUUCAUUACUGCAUUGAUUCCGAUGUUAACCCAGAAGAUCAGCUUGUUCCUCCCUCAGAUCUCCAACUACCCUCAAUUGCUCAGCCACUUCAUUCACGAAUUGAUGAACUUCGAUAAUGAGAUACGGGAAACGUGGAAUUAUCUACCAGACCCAUAUGCGGAUGACAAUUGGAAGGGCAUGACCUGGGAAGUAUUGACAAGACAGGGCUGGUAUGAUCGAUGGCUUCAGGUCGAGAAAGACUUUGCGCUGGCGCGAUACAAAGACAUAAUCGACACGGCAGACAGCGGAGAGAUCGAUUACGAUGGCAUGGAAAUCACAGCAACGAAGCCGACCAAAGCUGCAAUUCGAGUGAAUGACCUUCUCGAAACCAUUACUGAGCGCUACCAGCCUUUAUCAUCUUUCAGCCAGAAGCUGCGCUUCCUGAUUGACAUCCAAAUUACAAUUUUCGACCAAUUCCACGAACGUCUCUAUUCUGCCCUAGAAGCAUAUCUUGCAAUGACGUCGACGCUUGGACGUACUGUGCAGAGAGCUGACGGACAAGCCAGCGUGGAAGGUGUCGCCGGCCUGGAGCGACUCUGCAGGGUCUUUGGCAGCGCCGAGUACCUGGAGAAGAAGAUGGAAGAUUGGAGCAACGAUGUAUUCUUCGUUGAGCUCUGGUCCGAGCUUCAGGAUCGGGUUCUACAGAACCGAGACAACGGUAGAAAUGUGGCUGGCACUAUGUCCAUCGCGGAAGUUGCGUCGCGUACCUCAUCCGUCGUCAACAACAAUGGUACACACACAGAGACCUCGUCAGACGGUGCCCUCUUCGAUGAAACAGCCUCCGCCUACCGUCGUCUACGACUCCGCUCCGAAAGCGUCAUCACCUCCACUCUAUCGUCCAACAUCCUCGUUGCUUUGAAGCCCUACUCCCGGGUAUCCACCUGGGCUACACUCUCAACCCCCUCCGCCACGGCGACGGCAUCUCCUCUUUCCCCAUCUUCUGAUCUCGCCCAUGCUAUGCGUACAUUGUCUACCCAGCUCUCCUUCCUAUCUCACGCACUGGGAACCGCACCAUUGCGACGAGUCUCACGCCACCUUCUUUUGUCCCUUCAGACUUAUAUCUGGGACAACGUCUUGACUAAGAACACAUUUUCUACAACCGGAGCGGCCCAGCUUGCCAGCGAUGUCGAUCAUCUUUGUAGCGUGGUGGAUUCCGCCUUGGGAACAUCCAACAACACAGGAAUCUCCAUGCGUACUAUCAAGAAACUCACCGAAGGAUUACGUAUUCUUUGUUUGAGUGCCGCCGAGCAAGAUGGCGACGCCCCUGCAAAGGAUGAUGCGGCAUUGGGACUGUGGGAUGUGGAAACGAGGCUUUUCAGGGAUAAUGAGAGCGCACGAGGUGUCCUUGCUGAACUCGAAAUUGAUUCCCUAUCUGAGGCCGAGGCUCGGUCUGUGUUAGAGCGCAGAGUCGAGAUAGGCAAUUAA